AUGGUCGAAACCUCUGGCGAAACAGCGGUUCCAGGAUCCAGCUCGGUUGUCAGUACGGAUGCCGUCAACGGAGUGCCUAGCCAGUCUACAGCAACGGAACUUCAAGAGGAUGCAGCUGCGUCUUUACGAGCGGCCGCCCUGUUAUCUCGCAAGCGUCGUAAAAUAGUCCCCGAGAAGCCCCCAGCCCCGGCAGCCCGACCUCACAUUGAGCCCAGUUUCCAGCUGGACUAUGGCCAGGAAGACGUCGGCUCGCAACCCCAGUUCACUUCAAUCCUUACGCACUCCCCGCCGCCAGAGAACAAACCGUCGCCUCUCCCAAAGGCUGCUUCACCUGUUUCUGACAUCGAAGAUGGCCAGAUCCGUGAGGAAGGCGAGAUCAGCGACGAGGAACCGCCACCUCCUGCUCCUCCUCCACCCGUGCGGAAAUCUCUCUCUCCAAGAAGAAAUCUGCGACGGUCUCCGUCAGCUGGGCUCCCUGCCAGACAUCGUUCCCAUCGCCCCUCCAUAUCCAUCAAGCGUGAACAUACGCCACCGUCGUUGUCCGAGCUCUUUCCACCUCAGACGCAAUCACCAGUUUACUCAUCAACUCAUGCAAAUUCUGUCUUCACCCUGGAAACCCCCGAUUAUAAGUUAGAUGCUGACCAUGUCAGGCCUGGUUUACCUAUGACUCAGGAGCAAUUUGACACUGCAAAGGAUGCCGUGCUCGAUUUAUUGGGCUGGGGUGUCUCGCCAGAAUAUCUGCUGUACUGUGGCUUGAGCCGGCAGCUCAUCUUCUAUGUUUUCAAUGAACUCAACUUGCGACUUCCCGAUGCUUUUGACGACACUGGUCUUAUACACUAUCCGACGGCCGAGAUGGCUUCGUUGAUACCUAUCUCUCCCUCGAUUGCACUGCGCCGCUUGUCACUGAAUUUACCACCGCCGUUUACUAGCCCUGCUGAAGACGGCUACAGAGGCAUGCCUUCGACAUCUCGUGCUCAUGACGACUACCCUAUCUCUAACGGUGAUGGCUUCGUGUCGCCCGCUUCGCAUGAGACGUCUACCCAAGACGCGGAGAACCUGCACGUCAUCGAAUUUCAACGCAAACAAGAGCUGAUGGCGCGGAAGGCAGCCAUCGCCUCCCGUAAACGCAAAGUUUCGGACGCUCUGUCGCGCACUGUCAGCAACGAGGACGUUGAUAUGAUACCUCCAGUGGCCAAUGAAACUGUCGACGACUUCCUCAAGAGUAUUGAGCCUCCCGUACUCGGUGACCCUACUGUAGCUGAUCUAAUACCCACUGGUGAUGUGCCGUCUGACCUUAUGGAGGUCGACAAAGUCCCUCCGGGUCUGAUGUCUUUCACUCCUUCAGAGCAACAAUCGCUCCUGCCAUCAUAUCAAUCUCCGGUUGAUACCACUCCUCAAAGCUUCACUCCAACAGAACCUGAGCUCAUUCGAGAACCAAGUCCGCCCGCUGUCCUCCCUUCUAAGCUCAGUCGCUCCAAAGAAGUAUCGGCUUCCAUCCCUAUUGUACAAGACGCGAACGGCGCCUAUCUUGCUCGCCGGGGUACGAAGCGGCCUGUAGCUGCUGACUUUGUGGAUGCAGACAGUCUUCGCCCUCCACCAUCUAGUUUCGGACAAUCGAAUGGCAACCACCCCACUUCACCUUCUAUACCGCGUAAAACUUCCAGUUUCGCGGGCAUAAGCGGGAUGAGGCGUUGUAUUAUCCAAUUAAGCGAUAGCGAGGACGAUGGCAGCGAUGCAGAGGAUUUUAUCGGUCAGGCUGAUAGUCGAUCAUUCUCGCCUGGCCUUGGGUCCGCAUUUGGACGUCAGCCCCCUUCUCGAGGACCUAUGGCGGCAGCUUUCGCAAAUGGCGGAAGUCGACCUGCAUCGGGUGGUGCUGGUAAUGCACUGGCUGGGUCGGUACUGUUAGAGAAGGAGGAAGAAAUCAAGAGGAUGCGGCAGAUGAUUGCCGACAUGGAGCAGACUCGGCUGAGGAAGUUAGCUGCAAUGACUGGCAAGACAACACCUAAUUCAAGUCCUACACUGGCUCAAGCGACUGCAGACGGAGACAAGCAGCCUGCAUCCUCUAUAGGAUUCACCGCAUCGGACACACCUGCGGAGUCUGCAGAGGACGCUGUUACAUUCUCCGGUGCUUCGGUAUCGCACCCACCUUCUUCGCUGCAGACCCAUGGUUCUAGCGUUGAAGCGAAGGAGGAGGAGCCCGUUUCAUCAGAAAUAGAACAUGAUGCUCCCAUCGAUAUGCCGGCGCCCGACAAUCAGGCGAGCGAGUCCACCCCUGUAGAGGCACGCUCAGAAGCCAGAGACUCAGAGCACAGCGGCUCAGGAACACCAACUAUCGGUUCUCUCCCUCCAUCUCUCGUCCGGACGACUUCCGGCUGA